CGGAACCGUAUCGGCGUCGAAGACUUGGGGUGGGCGCGCGUCCGUGCACCAGGGAAGUAGAACGGCUCCGCGCUCUGGCUUGACGCAGCGGUCGGCGAGACCAUGCGUCCCGACGCCUGGGGCGUGGGGGCGCUUCGGACGCUUGCCGCUGCCGUCGGAGACACUGGUUGCGGCGGCAGCGGUGUUUCGGGCACCGCCGCGAUCUCUACAGGAGCGACCUUGGCACUUUUCCUGCGCCCACGAAAUCGGAAGCCCGAAAUGCCGGGACUCGAUGUAGUGCUGGGCCUCAUGCGGGACCUUGAAGAUGGGAAGACGAAGGCUGGCGCUGAAGUGGCAACUCGGCUACUGCUGCUGGACGCAACUGCCGCUGGGGGAUCCGAGUUUCCUGAAGAGGAACCGGAGGAGGAAAUCGACUGCCGCGAAUGCAUCGCCGGAUCCCCUCGGGCUUCAUAUGUGAUUGCGCCGGAUGACUGGGAGACAUGCUGAGGAAAGGAAGACUGGGGGAGGACUGCAAAUGAGGUAGACGGGGAGGAGAACGAACUGGACUGCGGGGUCGGAUACUGGUUGGCUGGAUCAAGCGAAUAGUCCGCCGCCACCAUUCUGGGCGGCGGUGUAUGGUUUGGGUCCAGUGGCAGUGCCCCAGGCACCUGGUGGAAACGAGAUGGGAGGAGCAGAGUCGAAGAAUGUGGAGGAGGAGAAUAGUACGGCGGUUGAGGCAUUUCGGUAGGGUGAGCGAAUCUAGCGUUGGACCAGGAGGGUUCACUAGUCUGGAGGGAAAGCGACGACGAUGAGGCUGGGUAUGGAUAAGGGUAUGCGGUGUCCGUCGACGACUGCCUCGCUCGCUCGGAGUAGUUGGGAGGAUCUGAGAGCGCUUCAGCAGUUUUGGAAUCAGAUAGCGCAGCCCAUCCGGUCUGAACAGCAGGUGCAUUCGGAUACGGUGGCAGUGCCCGUGGGCGUGCACCAGAAGUAGACUGCUGGGUCACCGAACUCGUCGAUGCAAAGUGCUCAUGAUAAGACGGGACCGGUGUCGAGUCACGAUUUGGGUUCGUCGCGCGGAAUGGGAGGAUCUUUUCUCUCGGGGCUCUCUGCUGGGAAUCGUCAGACGGCGCAUGGUACGGGAUGACGUCGCCAGGAACGUCGUAUCCCGAGGGUCGUCGACUCGGUGGGAGCCAUUGCGCGACCUGGUCACGUGCAGGCAUGGGUACGAGAAAGCCUAGGGGCCCUGUCCUUGCAGGCAUGCUCAGGAACGACAAGGAUGAGGAGGAUGGGGCGGGGGAUGAGCUGGAACGGCUUCGUAUCGAUGGGGCAGGCGUGGGAGGGUGCACAGGCCGAGCUGAGCUCGCGAGCUCGUCGGGGUGCGCUUCAGAUGAGUCUACGGCCGUCUCGAGAAGUGGUGCCAAGGACGGCUGGGCAGCUAUCUGUGGCGGUCGCAGCCUUUUACGCCCUGAGGCAGCUCUACUUGACAUUAUCUAUUCCGUAUCAAUUCCCCCAGUCACGCUUAGUCUAUUGUUGGCACUCACAGCCUUCCCGCUGUGUAACAGCAGCUACGCACACACGCGACGCGAGGGUGUGUGAUGCUGGACGACGUGUUGCGGGAGGGGGAGAACAGAGGACUCUAUGGCGAAGUGCGACGCGCGAGGAUUAUAUCCGACAGGUGCAAGAUCCAGUCCCAUUCCCUUUCCCACAGGGCAUGGGCCUGCGAUCCGACUCGCUUCCGACAGCGGCCCCAUGGCUUGUCGCCCAGAAAGUCGACGAGCGAUAACUAGCACCAGAACUUCCAGCAUGUGGCUGAGCUGUGCGCCGAUCAAGUCAAGACGCUCGUAGAAGCAUCAGACGGCGCCCUUCCAACUAUGUUCUCGAUGUCGAAUAUGUCAGACAUCAGCAAACUUUAUGCAUUUAACAAUUCUCGAUAGAUUGUGGCUUCUCCAACUAAGAACCGACAGCAGAACCGACGCCCUGCUUUGCCCUUUGCCUGCGUGUCCAGCCGGAGGCCGCCCGCAGUGACAAUCUACGCUGACGAAAACAUUCGCACUGUCAUUCCUGCGAAGGGUGCGCAUAUUCUAUCGGACUCUGCGAAGUGCCGGGAGAUAUGCUAAAGAGAGAACAAGAGUACGAAAGAGCCAGACGGCCUGAUCCGGUGCCUAUCUCCAGUGCUCAUGUCAGUCACUACAGUACGUCUUGCCAGGCCUUGCCGAUCCAUGGCGGUGGCUUGACUUGCGUUGCGUUGCGUAAGGCUGGAGCCAGAUUGGCAUCGCAUUUUUAGCAACGCUGUGGCCGACUUUGGCUCAGGCUCAGGCUGCUGGAAAAGAAGCCGAUGGCUAUCCGCUCUUGACUUGCAGCAGCUCAAGACUCUAUGCAGAUAUCCGACGAGACAGGACACCGACAACUGACUUGGACGCCGGGCCACCAUCACGGUCCAUGAUAGAUGCAGCAACGCCUGUACGCCGGGUCUUCUGCUGUCCAUCCACACAGCAGCUUAUUUGACGCAUCGGAGGAACGUCUCAACGAUUUCCGUACGUAGAAUAGACGGAGGCGUGGACCAGGCCGUGAUAUCAGCGGCCAGAACUGCGCAGAUAGGCCCGGCUUAGCGCAGAUGGGACGUAUUCGAGGGUUUGGCGAGGGCUUCAGGGACGUAGAAGGGCAUCGGCUUCCAGUUCAUAUCGCCCAGUCGCGCAAGGCAGGAUAGUCCGGAUCCUCGGAUUGGCUAGCGGGUGGCUCCUCGGUGCCCCAGCGACGCUCGUAGUCGUUCCACGGCAAUGAAUAGCAGCAGCUGCACGGGCGAGAUCCAAACUCGGCAAAUACGUAGCGAGGGCGGUACGGGUCUUAUGUGCGUUGACGGGCAGUUGACCGACCGUCCCUGUUAGCGAUCCCACGGCGUGUGAACGAUCGCAUGGCACAUGAUGCGUCCGUCGAGCGAUAGCACUUCCCAAAGCAGCUGCCGAGCGAUAGCACUUCCCAAAGCAGCUGCGGUAUGGAAGCGUACGGACGAAGGGAGGGUUGGAAGGGGCGAGCGGUGUCAUACACAGGUACUGCCCCAGAACGGGCCAGGGCCAGUGAUUGCGCGCCGUGAAAUGCCACCUUGACGCGUCACUUGAUACGCCACAAGUUGGCGACUUGAGGUUCCCAGAAAAGCUCACGGUAGAGGACGGCCCGCUCGUCGCUCUGGAUCUAAUUCGAAUGAAAGGAUGGGGAUGGAGGAAACCACUGUCGCUGACGCACACCGCAUCAUUUUUCUUUGAUCCGAGUUUCUUUCUAUUCAAGUCUCAAACCUGCACAAAACUUGCAUCAUCCACAUGCCUCAUGAUGAUGAACCAGACUACUGUGUCAGAUCCAAUGCACAGUGCUCAUCGGUAUCACGUUCUAGCUCCAGUCGCUCUUGAAGUCGAGGUGACAGGGUCAUACUGGCAUACACCUGGAUGCCCAACAUUCCGAUCCAUGGGCCAUAUGACAUCUCGCGAGUCCCAUCUUUGACGAGCAGCGCACACUCUUCUCGAACCAUCAAGUUCCCAGGCUGAUUGAAGUCCUACACACCUCAUGCUGCGCCAUGGGACAACGCGAGGGAGCCUCCGCAGCGGCAGCGCACCAGUCCGGCGUUCGCGAAGGAUCUCGAACCGUGACAUCUACUGAUGGGUGUGAAAGCUCCCUUGCUUGUUCGGGUAUCUUUCCGCGGCCCUGUUAAGCAGCAGGACGCGAUGCUACAAGAUCGACCUCCCGCACGUCUCGCAUCCUUUCUUCCCCCCAUCUUCUCUUCGUCCAUCCCCCCUUGACAAUGGCGGCCAACAUCUCUUACGAUGCGUGUGAGUAGUAGUAGCAGCAGUAGUAGUAUGCGUAUCGACUGGCACCCGCUCACGCCUGGUGGCAUUCGCGUCUGCAGCAGGGGACCUGGUUUACGCCCAAGACGCGAACACGACAUUCGUUUACAACAUGGGGGACAUCGCAUGGGUGCUUGCCUCUACUGCGCUGGUGUGGAUCAUGGUACCGGGUGUCGGGUUUUUCUAUUCGGGUCUCCUACGACGCAAGAACGCGCUGUCGAUGAUCUACCUCAGCAUGAUGACGAUCGCGGUCGUCUCGUUCCAGUGGUGGCUCUGGGGAUUCUCGCUCACGUUCAGUGAGGGCGCGAAUAUGUUCAUCGGAGACUUGAAACACUUUGCGCUGCGGGAUGUGCUCGAAAAGCCCUCGAUCGGCAGCACCAAGAUACCCUCGAUCGUUUUCUGUGUGUACCAACUCAUGUUUGCUGCAAUUACACCAAUGCUCGCCGUGGGCGGCUUCGCCGAACGAGCUCACCUGGGCCCACUCCUCUUUUUCGUUUUCGCAUGGGCCACGCUCGUCUACGAUCCCAUCGCAUGCUGGACAUGGAACUCCAACGGCUGGUCAUUCAAGCAUGGAUCGUACGACUUUGCCGGCGGCACCCCAGUGCACAUAUCCUCCGGAACGGCCGCCCUCGCGAUCUCGGUCUACCUCGGCAAGCGUCGGGGCUACGGCACCGAGGCGCUAGCGUACAAGCCCCACAACACGACCUAUGUCAUCCUCGGCACGAUCUUCCUGUGGUUUGGCUGGUUUGGGUUCAACGGGGGCAGCGCGUUGUCGGCGAAUCUGCGCGCGGCCAGUGCGUGUAUUGUGACCAACUUGGCAGCCAGUGUCGGUGGAUUGACGUGGAUGGCCUGGGACUACCGUAUCGAGAAGAAGUGGUCUGCGGUCGGGUUCUGCUCCGGUGCUAUUGCCGGCUUGGUGGCCAUCACGCCCGGCUCUGGCUUCGUUGGCUCUCCGGCCUCUGUUCUGUUUGGCUUCAUGGCCGGCACACUAUGCAACUUUGCGACCCAGAUCAAGUUCUUCGCUGGAUACGACGACUCGCUCGAUGUGUUCGCCUCGCACGCUGUCGGCGGCGUCGUCGGAAACAUCCUCACGGCGUUCUUUGCGCAGAAGAGCGUGGCGCAUUACGACGGGUUCACGGACAUUCCCGGUGGAUGGCUCGACAGGCACUAUGUCCAGCUCGCAUGGCAUGUCGCCGACUCCGCAGCCGGUUUGGGAUACUCCUUCGUCAUGACGACGGCGAUCCUGUGGGUGAUGCACUAUAUACCCGGCCUGCGACUGCGCGUCUCCGAAGAAACGGAGGUCCUCGGCAUCGACGAGUCCGACAUGGGCGAGUUUGCGUACGAUUACGUCGGAAUGGAGUCAGAUACACACCCUCUCAUCGGCACACGGGGCGCAGCAACGGCGAUGAACAUGGACCCGAAUGCAGAGAACCAUUAUUUGAAAGAGCGGGGCAGUAACGCCAGCCAUGCGCAGCGAAAUGCGUUCCCUCUGUAACAGAGUCGCGGGGUUAUUGAUAGGUCGACGCACACCACUAGUCCAGUCAAGUAUUUUGGCAAAUGUUUUCUUGGGAGAGCUCAGGAGACUCUGUAAAUUAUUGAAUAUUUUGCGCACCAUGGAUGCGCGACGUAAAGUAGUUCGCGUGCUGAGAUACUCUGUGACAGUCACUACUGCGGGUCUGUGUGCUACGCAGUAACGAUUGUUUGCCCUCCGUGAGCAAUCGAUUGACUCGCACUAAACCUCCUUGACACUCAAGAGUGCGCCAACUUGAACAAGCGAUCGAGUCAGCACUAGGUCCAAAGAACUUCGCUGCAACCGAGCGGAGAUCGUGAGAGCCCGCAGAGGUGUCAUCGGUAAAACUCACGCGGCUGAUCUGC